UGUUGGUGAUUGUACUAGUUACAAUGCAAAUUAAAAUAAACCAUGGAACGUUAAUUACUUAGCCCCUUAUAUAAACCUUUUCACGAGGCGGUGUACGCAACAACGUCUUGGAUACUCACUUGACAGAACGAGGCUAUUUUGUGAAUGCAAAACGUAGAAGAUGAUGUUGACCUUGUUCGUACAGCUGUUGCUUGUAUACACCUGCACCGCUGAAGUUGCCAACAAGUACAAAGACAUGCUUCUCGAGAAACACAAUGAACUUAGAAGAAAACAACAUGGAACCAAUAUGGAUGAACUGGUUUGGGAUGACACGCUAGCGAAUGAAGCAGACGCCUGGAUCAGCAGAUGUGACUUUAAACACGAGAAUAAAGGGCGCGGUGAAAAUCUUGCUUUCAACACGGGUACAGACGAAAUGGAAAAUAUUGAUACCGCUUUUAAGAAUUGGUACGACGAGAUUAAUCAGUACAGUUAUGCACGGAAAACGUGUGCACCGAGUAGUUGCCACUACACGCAGCUUGUUUGGGCCACCACACAGAGGGUAGGUUGCGCAAUCAAGGUAUGUCCACAAAUCAACGUGUUUGGAAGAAUGGUGAAGAACGGAUGGUUUUUCGGCUGCUGGUAUGAUCCAAAGGGUAAUGACGUUUCAGAGUAUCCAUAUAAGAAAGGCGGAGACCCUUGUUCGGCGUGCCUGGAGGGACAAACUUGUCACAAUGGCUUGUGUAUGGGAGAAGGAAAAGAAGUUUGCGAAGACAAGAACGAACAGUGUACAAUGUAUGCAGCAUCGAACCAGUGCGAGGAGAACAAACCUUACAUGGAGAAGAAUUGCAGACAGUCAUGUAAGCUUUGUACAGGUGGACCGGCAAAGGAGUGUGUAGAUAAAAGUGCUUUAUGCCCAAGAUAUGGCAAGAGUGAGUGCGAUCGGAACCCGGCCUAUAUGCACUCAGAAUGUAGGAAGACAUGUGAACUUUGCUGAUGCACAUGUUUUAUAUAGAAGAAAGUUUAAGACGGAUUGAGGUCAAGGACAGCUCAUCCGCCUUCAGACAAGACCAAACGAGUCAAUUUUAUGUUAUCCAUUAACUUGUAAAAUAAAUUUUUCUCAAUAAUUAA